AGAAUUUUGGUUUGUGGUGAAGUGACAGUUAUUUAAGUUUGUAAUAUUUUAUUAUAAAAAAAUUAUUGAAAUUUUAUAAAACCGCCCAGAAGAAAGCAAAAAUUUGCACUGGUUUCAUAAAUGAAUCCAUAAUCUGAUUUCGCUUUAUUUAAUAAAAAAGACACUACUAUUCCCGUGCUAAUUUUAUAGCAAAUUUGGAGCAACUCCUUUACUUGUUUUGCGGGACUAUUGGGAACAUCGCUAUGGAGUUCUGGACAAGCCCGGACGGCAAAAUUUCAAAGAAAAUAUUAGUUCCAGGAAAGUGGGGCAACAAACCAACAGAAAACAGCAAAUGCGAGAUACAAAUCGAAAGCUCAUCAGCAGAAUUAGAAAAAUAUUGCAAUAGUUCAUUUGUUAUAGGCGAUACUGGUAAUGAUAUGGAAAGGUUGUUAGAAAUUUGUAUUUCAACCCUACAUUUACAUGAAAGAUCAUACUUUACAAUUGAUUUAAGCGGCCAAAAUAAAAUUUGUUUUAAUAUGCAUUUAACCAAAUUAGAGUUUGACAGUUACAUUUAUGAAUGGAAUGCAAAAAAAAAAUAUAAUUUGGCCAUGGUUCAUAAGAAGAAAGGAAAAGAUUUUUUUGUAAAACAAAAUUAUGUUGAAGCUGCCUUUAAAUUUGUAAAAGGGUUGAAGAUAAUUUCUUCUGUUCCCAUUGAUAUACAGAAUCCUCCGACAAUUGUGGAUGGAGUGACAGUAAGUGAUAUACGGGAAUUGAAAAUGAAGUUAUAUAAUAAUCUAAGUUCGUGCUAUUUCAAAAGGCAGUGUUAUGAAAUAGUUAUUAAUUUAUGCAACAAGGUGCUUAAUUUUGAUGAUAAUAAUGUAAAAGCCCUAUAUAAACUAGGUGUAGCUUAUGAAAAUGACAAAAACUUUGAAAAGGCAGAUGAAAUGUUAACAAAAGUUUUGGAUAUUGAACCUCAAAACAAGGCUUGUGCAGAGCACUUAGCAAAUGUUAAACAAAAUUUGCGAAACGCACAGCAUAGAAUGAAUGAUAUUAUGAGAAAAAUGAUUAGUGAAACAAUAACAAAAUGACAUCUUUGGAUGUCGUUUAAUAUAUACAUACAUUAAUAUUUAAUGAACAUUUUGUCUAGGAGUUAAGAAGAGAUGUAAAUGGUGUGUAAUUUUGUGUUCAAUAGAAAUUGAAAUAGAAAUAGAACUUUAUUUACCAGGAACUUUUACAAGUUUAGCUAGAUCUAAAGCAGCAUUUGAGGUGUCGGACAAAGUUUCAAUGCGCCGUUGGAGGUAACAAAGGUCGUGUCAUCCGCAA